CCGCAGACCGCAGACCGCAGACCACAGAGAGCCGCAUCGCUUGGCCAUCACUUCUUGCCUCCCUUCAUACAUUCCACCAGCUGCUGCCUCUUGCUCUCACCCUCCACCCUCUCAGAGAAAUGCAUUUCCUCCCUCAUCUCUCUCUCCUGUCCGCCUGGGCUCUCUGCACCUCCGCCCACUUCAUCCUCCAGUACCCCCAGUCCCUCGGCUUCGACGAUGACAUUGAAUCGACGGCGCCCUGUGGCGGCUUCGACGUGGUCUUCAACAGCACCGACGACUCUAUCCCUGUCGGCGGCUUCCCAGUGUCCAUGCUGAGCACCCAUCCCGCCGCCGACUGGCUCUUCCGCGUCACCCUCGACCAGAAGGCACCCUUCAACUGGACCAACUUGCUCCCCGUCGUCUCAGAGACGGGGCUGGGUCAAUUCUGCCUGCCGCAACUCGUCGCCCCGGCGGAUUUUGCCGGCAACAAGGGCGUUAUCCAAGUCAUCCAGAACGGGCCCGACGGUGUUCUGUACCAGUGCGCAGCCGUCAACUUCGUCACCGGCGUCAACUCAACGGUCAGCUCCAGCUGCACAAAUGUGACUGGGUUGACGGCAACCCUCACCAACCAGAAUAACUUCGACACCAGCUCGUCAUCUUCAGCCUCGGGAACCAUGUCAGCGACUUCCUCCCCAUCAGCGUCUGCCACCGCCUCGGGAAGCGCCGCCUCGUCCAGCUCAGCUGGUCUGGCUGCCCCAACGAACGGGCCUCAAUUGGUCCAAGGCCUCAUCGCUGCCGCCGGUCUUGCUGUUCCAUUCUUUUUGUAAGCGCAGAUCACGACUGUCCCAUUAGCCGGUUUGCAGAGGGAUACAGCCUCCUGAGUUGGGAAGAGAUGUAUGAAUACACUUAGACGAACAAAAGCCCAGACGCAUGUGAGAUGAUUUGUCGUGCCUGUUCUCCUUCACCGUCGAGGUGAUAGCUCUCUUGUGGUCAUCCACCAUGUCUUGCUCGUUCAUAGCGCUUUCUUGUCUCGGCUUCUUGUCAAUAGAGAUGCACACAGAUACUCAUGGCCUCUCCGUCGUCGCCUUCGUCCAGCACCACGGGGCGUGAAUCACCUCGAUCCGAGCCUUUCGUGAACCCUGAGCCGUUUGUGCGCGGUGCCGAGCCCCUGAGUCCAUUACAAACCACCACGCCUGCUGACAGGAUGUCGAAGACGCAAAGAUCGCUCACCACAACCACGCCCAGACCCCACGCCGCCUUCCUCCUACCCCGUCUACCAAAGCCGAGAGCCGGUUUUGCCAGGACGGUCACUUCGUGCUGGUUGGCCGCCUCCCUUUGCCCUUCGAUUCGGGUCGAUCUGGUUCGUCCAGGCAACGUAGAACGGCACACUGCGUUCUGCCUUGAUUGGUUUGAAAAAACGCAGAAAGCACGCAGGGCGCUGUGCUGGCCGACUCGACUUGCUUCUGUUUGUUGUAUAAGUAUUGGUGGUCCCCUCGGUUCUCCGUGGCUUCGUUUUCUCCAUUCUCAUCGACUCACUGAAUCUUCUCCGGUCUGUAUCCCAUCGACCUCGGAUCACAAACAACCCUAUAACCAACACAAAAGUUUUUCAUCACCAACAACAACCAUCUCCACCAUGGGUCCCUGCACUUGUUCCGGCCCCAGCAGCUGCAACUGCGGCCCUGGCUGCAAAUGCACCUCCUGCGGACAUUAAACCACAAUUCGUGAAGCCUCGACCCACAAAGGACUUCGACCAUUCUUUUCGGUGCUGAGCGGGGAUUUGUUGGUCUCCCUGACGCUGUCCCAUCCACGGACCGAGCAAGUCUCUCUUGGUGUGGAUGUUGUUUGCGAGAGGUCAGAGACUUAGGGGGAUUGCCAAUGACCCGUGUCCUGCCAUGAAAGUCGCGGUGUCCACGAGACUGCUGGACGCAUGUGGUGAUUUGAGAUUCAUAUAGCCAAUCAAUGCUGUUGUUUCAA